AUGGCGUCUCAAGAGAACCCCAACGCCCCGCCCGCGGCAGCAACCGAUGCGGUGCUCGUUGUGUCCGAGGAGAUGCCCGAGGGCACUCAGAAGGUGGAGGAGCUGGAUUUUGACGACCUUGACGGGCCCAUCACCGCCGAGAACCUUUUCAACGGCAUGAAGUACAUGGGCUUCCAGGCCUCGUCUCUUGGCGAGUCCAUCCGGAUCAUCAACGACAUGAGGGCAUGGCGAGACCCCGAGACAGGGGAUAAGACCACCAUCUUUCUCGGCUACACGUCGAAUAUGAUUUCAUCCGGCAUGAGAGGAGUUUUCCGAUGGCUUGUAAAGCACAAGCACGUCUCUGCCAUUGUGACAACGGCCGGUGGCGUCGAAGAGGACUUCAUCAAGUGCCUGGGCGACACCUACAUGUCCUCCUUUAGUGCACCCGGCGCCGACUUGCGCAAGAAGGGGCAGAACAGAAUUGGCAACCUCGUCGUCCCAAACUCAAAUUACCGCGCCUUCGAGGACUGGGUUGUGCCCAUCUUUGACGCAAUGUUGGAGGAGCAGGAGGCCAGCAAGGGUACCGACGAUGAGAUUAACUGGACACCAUCUAAGAUGAUCCACCGUCUGGGCAAGGAAAUCAACGACGCGCGCUCCGUCUACUACUGGGCGUGGAAGAAUGACAUCCCCGUCUUCUGCCCGGCACUUACCGACGGAAGCCUGGGAGACAUGCUCUACUUCCACACGUUCAAGGCUUCGCCGAGACAGCUCAAGUGCGACAUCGUCGAGGACAUCCGCCGUAUCAACACCAUCUCGGUGCGUGCGAAGCGCGCUGGUAUGAUCAUCCUCGGUGGCGGUGUCAUCAAGCACCACAUCGCAAACGCAUGUUUAAUGCGCAACGGCGCCGAGUCGGCCGUGUACAUCAACACGGGCCAGGAGUUUGACGGAAGCGAUGCCGGAGCCAGGCCGGACGAGGCCGUUUCUUGGGGAAAGAUUAAGGUUAAUGCAGAUGCUGUCAAGGUCUAUGCAGAUGCCACACUGGUGUUCCCAUUUAUCGUUGCAAACACUUUUGCCAAGGACCGUUCAUAG